AUGUCCAACAGCGUAUUUGCUCCCCGCCAUGUAUAUUUUCCUGCAAAUGAACACAAAACAACUGUGCUUUUCCUCCACGACAGGAAUAGCACUGGUCCUGAGCUUGCAGACUGUCUUGCAAGAUCCUUAACAGCGUCGGGGGAAACGUUGUAUCAGCAUUUUCCCAGCACUCGUUGGGUUUUACCAUCAGCUCGAGCGAAGCAUUUCUACUGGACCGCGGAAGACCGACAGCAACUGUCUCAAAUCAACAAAGAUAAUACCACUGAGUGGUUCCACAUGCCUUCCCUUACAGACAUACAGCUGACGUCGUCCCAGCAACUUGCUUCACUACAGGAAAGCGCUUCUUACGUAUUACGGAUUAUUGAUGAUGAAAUUGCGCAAGUCGGCGGUGAUCCUCAGAAAGUCUUUCUAGUCGGUAUAGGGCAGGGAAUGGCCCUGGGCCUGGUCGUUUUGCUGUGUACGCAUCAUCAACUCGGCGGGUUUAUAGGGUUGAAUGGCUGGAUGCCCUUCGCUGAGACUUUGUCAAUUUUGCUCAAACAAAAUCAAGUCGAGGAGGCCGGUGGAUUUUUCAAGUCAAAGUUUAUUGCUGUUGCACAGCAAACAUACCUCCAGCAAGCUGGCGCUGCAUUUCCAAGUCCACAGCCAACCACGGCAGAAUCUACAGUGGUUGUGCCCGUCCAUGUCAAGCAUAUACCCGUCUUUUUGAGUCAUUCACAGAAAGGGACUGGACCAAUCAAGCCUGAACUGGGGAUUGAGGCUUUGAGGCUCAUUGAACAAAUGGGCUUCUCUCAGGCCUCAUGGAAGACAUAUCCAGGACGAGACGAGGGGGAGGAAACAAACGAAAGCGUCUUUCCCUUAGAUAUGCCGGAGCAGUUGAGAGACGUGAUUGGUUUUUUUCAGGAGCUUCGACUUCUAAGCUAA